AUGGCAAGAAGUCAGACAUACCGAGGCACCUUCGUGGACUCCCACUGCCAUAUUGAUCUCAUCUAUGACAGGCUAGGCUUGAGCCACGAAACCAGUUUUUCGGAAUUUCGAAAAAUGGUAGCACAUUCUUUUCCUGGCAACUUUGAGGGCUGUGUUGCCGUCUUCUGCUACCCCAAGACCUACGAUCCUAUCAAUCCUCAAAAUCAGCUCUUAACCACUCUGGCACAUGAUGAUAAUGUGUGGUUUGCCAUUGGAUGUCACCCUAAAAGUGCAACACAGUUCACAGUUCGCCACGAACAGGGGUUAAGGAAAGCAUUGAAGCAGUCAAAGGUCGUGGCUCUAGGAGAGAUCGGGCUCGAUUAUUCUGGAACCUUUCAUCAACAUGCAGAGAUACAACAAAUGGUGCUGAGGAAACAGCUGCAGAUCGCCAUGGAGAUGAACCUGCCGUUGGUUAUUCAUUGUCGUGAUGCAUACGACGAUUGCUUGGCCAUUUUAAUGGAGAUGGUACCUCGUGAGUGGCCAAUCCACCUCCACUGCUUCUGCGGGAGUCCAGAAACAGCCAACAUCUGGCUGCAAACCUUCACCAACCUCUAUAUCGGCUUAACUCCAGUGAUCACAUACAGCACUGCCCGUGGCGCCAUAAACACCGCUAGAAACAUCCCACUUAAUCGCUUGUUGCUGGAGACAGACAGCCCGUACUUUGUUCCACAACAUAUUCCUAAGAAUCGGUCGAGCGUGUCCCACCCUGGCUUCGCUCUGUUUACGGCUGAAAAGAUCGCUGAAAUCAAGAAUGUCUCAGUGGACGCAGUGCUGCAGACCUGCAGAUUUAACACAUUCAACGUGUAUGGCAUUUGA